AUGGCGGCGCCAGAGCCAGCCCGUGCGGGCAGCAUCCUGUAUGCGCUGGUGGCGCGCGGCAGCGUGGUGCUGGCGGAGCACGCGUCCGUGAGCGGCAACAGCAGCGUGGUGGCGGUGGGGCUGCUGCAGAAGGUGCCGCCGGAGGAGGGCUUCCGCGCCAGCUGGGCCGCGGGGCAGCACAUCUUCCACAUCCUGUCCGCCGGCGGCCUUACCUACCUGUGCAUGGCGGAUGAGAGCCUGGGCAAGCGGCUGCCGUUUGUCUUCCUGGCCGACGCGCAGCAGCAGUUUGAGUCCCGGUACUCUGCGGUGGCGCCUGGUGCGGUGGCCUACGAGAUGAGCACCGAGUUUGCUCCGGUACUGCGGGACCGCAUGCACUACUUCAACACAGACCCGCGGGCGGACACGCUGUCGCGGGUGCGUGGCGAGGUGGUGGAGCUGAAGAAUGUGAUGGUGGACAACAUCGAAAAGGUUCUGGGGCGGGGAGAGAGGCUGGAGCUGCUGGUGGAGAAGACGGAUGAGAUGGGGCAGCAGGCCUUUGCCUUCAAGCGGCAGGCACGUGUGCUUCGGCGGCACAUGUGGUGGCAGAAUGCCCGCAUGGCAGUUGUCAUCUCCGCGCUGGUGCUGCUGGCGGCUUACGCCAUCGUGUGCGUUGUCUGCAGCCCAACAUUCAAGUGCUGA